AUGUCUGGGAAGAUAAAGAUUUCUGGAACCUUUUCGCACUAUGUGGACCUGUCGCGAUGGAGCUUCGCGCUAUGGUGGUCGAUCUUGCUGGUUGUGCACGCAGUAACUUGCGGAUACAAUGCGUCGUUCGCGCUCUUUUACCGAGAACUGCACAAUACGUACUUGUACCUGUGCCUCGAUUACUCAGGAAUCGGAAUGCCAGCGCAGUAUCAUCAAGUAAUCUCUCUGGUAAAUGCUGCCUUGGCUGCCGUACAUUGCGGAUGUAUACUGCUGAUGGUUGGCGGGUCACUGUGGCGUCGUGAGUUAGUUUUCUCUCCUUGGAGAAACAACAAAGUCCAGGACCUCGAAUCAAGCAAGCUGUUUUUGAAUGACAAAGCCUCAAGAUUGAAGGCCAAACAUCCAGCAGCAGCAGAAGUGAAACCUCGAUUGUCCCGGAUGUACUCGCAGGUGUUAGGCCGACGAGGUUUGGUCGGAGUUGAAGGAACGAACUUCCACACGAUUCUUAUCGCUCGCGAGCUCGUGGAGACGACACUCCAAACGAUUCAAGCAUACAGAAUGAGCUGCUUACUACCGCGUAUGCUGCUGAAUCGUUUCUACCUGACGCUGAUUGUGCUGAAUUGCUGGUCGUCGGUACUUGUCUAUUCGCUGCUGUUCAAGCGCAAUGAGGCCUACAAGCGAUUUACCUAUCUCAUGUGCGACUGCGCUCUCAAUGUCGUGUCCUGCAUCGGGGUGCCGCUGAUUGUGGUGUUGAGCUAUUUGGGAGAAUACGACUGGGAACACGGCGGGUUUCUACUAGAGAAAUGGUAUGAUGACGAGUGGUCUGCCCGUGUGCUCAACGAGUUCCAAAUGGUGCUGGUGGUUUCGUGGAGGGACUUGGCUAGUCGAUCGAUCUUCUCGAUAGGCGUGUUCUUUACGACCAGCAAUCUUAAGGACCUCUUACGCAAGGCACCUGGUAACAAUCUGAGACGAGUUGGACCAGUCGUUGGGUCUGAAGCCACCGAAGUCGAAGUAUUUAGUAGCAAAAGUCUCGAUGUUGUCCCAAAGCCAUUGACGGGAAUGAUGGAUGCGCGCAAGUUCUCCAAGGGUAAAACAUGGCGUGCGAGUGCGGAGCACAGAACAUUGCACUUCGUUUAUGGACUGUUCGCGUUGUGGGGACUGGUGAUAAUUGCUCUGCAUGUACACGCUUCAGUCCAGCCCAAACUGCCACAAUGCGUCUUGCAAGUGCACCCCUGGGCUGUUUCGAAUCCAGCGUGCUACCUGGCCGUUCUAGAUUGCCACCGGCUUGGCAUCUCUGGCAAGAAAGAAGAAGUGGAGGCCAAGUGGAACGAAUUCGACCGAUCCACAGUCGUCACUUUGGUCAUUCGUCACUGCCCAGCGCUAGAAGUUCCCGACUCAAUUGGCGACUUCCACAUCACGACCGGCGUCAAGGUCUACAACUCGACUAUCAACGACUGGGGCGUCUCUGCCGCCCUCACCAACACGAACCACCCGGAGCUGAUUUGGUUUUACUUGGUCCGUGUCAACUUAACCGACGGUAUAUUGCCUGCGGGAGCCUUGUCCACCGACUUUCCGGGCAAAUUGUACGACCUCGAGUUUACCUAUACGAAUAUUCGAGAGCUGCCAGAUGACCUGGACUCGAGUUGGCUGAUUGGAACGACGGUUUACUUCGAGUACAGCGAGCUCACAAGCAUUCCGCCUUCGCUCAUGCGAUUGGAUCCGUACAGCAUCUCGUUUGUCGGUAGUCCUAUUGCUCAACUUCCACCAGAGAUUUUCGAGGUCGCGGAUAUGGUGUACAUGUACAUGGCGGGGAUACCAAUCCAGGAGCUACCUCGCAAUGUGGCGAAUAUCUCGCCACAACUGGGGUAUAUCUACAUGGUAAACACGAACAUCUCUUUCUUUUGGUCAUGGGCUGACCCACUCGUGGAGAGAUUAGCGAGAAUCAUCAUUGCUGGAUCUCCAUACUGCACCGAGCUCGAAAAGAUUAAGAGUGGAGAAGCGUCGGGGUUUAGCUCUCCAUCGUCGCCUGAGUAUUCGAGGAUUUUGAUGGAUCCGUCCGAAGCAAACCUGGAUAUCAUUUCUCAGGUCAUUUUCUGCGAUGAGCAGCCUUUGCUAACCGUCUACCCGAUCGACUUCGAGGAUAGUAUUAGCGCACUUGCCUAG